AUGUUUGUUCUGCGCCAUCUCAGAAAUCUCGAUGCAUAUACAAAACCGUUGGAAGAUUUUCGUGUUCGAACUUUCGCUGGUGGUGCUGUGACGCUAAUAAGUAGUACAGUGAUUAUAUUUAUGUUCAUAUCAGAAACAUUGUCAUUUCUGUCGGUAGAUAUCGUCGAGCAGUUAUAUGUGGACUCCACUCCUGCUGAGCAACGAGUACAUGUCAAUUUCGACAUUACAUUUCCUCGUUUACCUUGUUCUGGUACUGACUUCGUUCUAACAAUUGACGUCAUGGAUUUAAGUGGUGACAACCAAGAUGAUAUCAAGGAUGAUGUUUAUAAAAUCAGUCUGGUUGAUGGUAAAGAAGGGAGUGAAGUGAAGCAAGGGGUCAAUGUUAAUGCAACUACGAUACAGUCGGCUGUGACUACUCAAGUUUUAUGCGGUAGUUGUUUUGGUGCAAGAAACGGGUGUUGUAAUACAUGCGAAGAAGUGAAAGAAGCGUAUGUAUUGAGAGGUUGGGAAUUAACAGAUAUUGAGUCAGUGGAGCAGUGUAAAGAGGACUCUUGGGUGCAAAAAAUGGAUGAAGGAAAAAAUGAAGGAUGUCGAGUUCAUGGCAAAGUUCAAGUUGCUAAAGGUAGAUGA